AGCAGGUACUUUAAAGCCGGACCAUAUCAAUAACAGUACUAAAGGCCAUGUGAGCGUCACAGAGACAUCAAGGUGAAGGUCGCCAUCGAGAGUUUUUUCUGUCUGGCGGCGGAUUGAAGCAAAACCGGCCUCUGAAGACUGAUCGAAGCGUUUCAGUCCGGUAUUAAAAGUAACAACGAACGUGAAGGACUCAACACAACACACACGAUGUCCAAACCACCCAACGAGAUCGUCACGACGUACAAAUUGGUGGUAGUCGGAGACGGGGGCGUCGGCAAGAGCGCUCUAACCAUUCAGUUUUUCCAGAAGAUGUUCGUACAGGACUACGACCCGACGAUAGAAGACUCGUACAUCCAGCACACGGAGAUAGACGGAGAAUGGUGCAUAUUGGACGUGCUGGACACAGCAGGUCAAGAAGAGUUCAGUGCGAUGAGAGAGCAAUACAUGAGGAAAGGAGACGGCUUUCUACUGGUCUACUCUGUGACCGACCGACAGAGCUACGAGAAUAUUAGAAAUUUCCACACACAGAUAUUGAGGGUGAAAGACAGGGAUUCCUAUCCCAUGUUGCUAGUAGCCAACAAAGUGGAUCUGGUUCAUCUGAGGAAAGUGCCAGAGGAGCAAGGGAGAGAUCUGGCAAUACAGCUGGGGGUUCAGUAUAUAGAGACAAGUGCUAAAGAUCCUCCCCUCAACGUAGACGCCGCUUUCCAUGAGGUUGUGAGAGUUAUUAGGAACCAGCCUGUCGAUUACAAUAAGCGGAAAACAAGACAGCAAAAUGUCAACCAAUCAACACCACACCUAUGAGUUCACUACCCUCUUCCACGACUGAAGAUUAAUCAUGUGAGUUUUUUCUUAAGUGUUACAGUGGAGCAUUGUGACAUGAAUUAGACAGAGACAUAUCAGUGAAUAUAUAAGACUGCGUUUCCGUAAACCCAUCA